AUGGUUCAAAAACAAACACAAGAUGAAGAAAUAGCUUUACAAAUUUUGAAUCUUCAAAAACGUUCAGUUUUUUCGAGAAAAACUGAUAUAAUACCUGUGUUGCUUUCUGCGAUAUCCAUAUGUAUUUUGGAUGUUGUUGUCGGAGCCAUGCUCUUGUGGCCUGCUUCGGCUUUACCAGAACUACAGAAUCCAAAUUCCACUAUCACCUUUACCCAAGAAGAAGGUUCAUGGAUAGUCUCCCUAAUAGCAGUUGGUGCAAUUCCAGGCGCAUUUAUUUCUGGUUUCUUAGUUCAUAGAAUUGGCAGAAGAAUUACAGCAUUAAUCGACGCUAUUCCUUUCAUAGCAUCUUGGAUGCUAAUAAUAUUGGGUACAAAAGCCUGGCUAUUCUACAUUGCAAGAAUAUUGGCAGGAGUAUCUCUCGGAGGAGCAUGUGUUGUGAUCCCGAUGUAUAUUUUUGAAAUCUCUGAACCCAAAAACAGAGCUAUGUUUGGAGCAUUAUUUCCACUAUCCAUGUCCUUUGGAGCAUUGAUGAGUCUACUUCUAUCGACAAUCUUAGAUUACAGAGGAUUAGCAAUAGCUUUAAAUAUUUUAUGUCUGCUAUUCAUUAUCAUAUUCUACUUUGCUCCUGAAUCACCGGUCUAUUAUGUGAUAAAGGAAGAAUACCAUUUGGCAAGGAGGUCCUUGCAAAUUUUGCAUGGUGAACGAAAGAGCAGACAUGUAUUGGAAGAUUUAAUAAAUUUGGUAGAAUCUACUACUGUUGCUGAAAAAACCACAAUUAGGCAAUUAAUGAAAGACAAGGCUUUUGUUAGAGGAUUCUUUAUAUCCAUGGGGGUUGUCGCAUCAUAUCAACUCUGCGGAAUGAACUUCGUGAUGUCCUACGCUGAAAAAAUUUUUAAGGAUGCUGGAAGUGCGGUCGAUCCUAAGACAGCAGCAAUUAUCAAUUUUGCAGUUCAAUUUGGAGCAGCAUUUCUCCAACUCUUUAUAAUUGAACGGUUUCCCAGAAAGCAUCUUCUCUUACAAAAUAGCGUCAUAUCCUGCAUAACCUUAGGAAUUUUGGGUAUCCAAUCUUUAUUAGACUUCAAAUCUGGUUGGCUACCCAUAGUUUGUCUUAUGGUGCAUUCGAUAAGUUUUGUUUGGGGAUUUAGCGCCUUAGGUCCAACUUUGACCGGAGAACUGAUUGCACCAAAGGCUAAACAAUAUGCUUUUGGAGCUUCGGUGGUAUUGACUUCAGUUCUAAAUUUUGGAAUUAAUAAAAGUUUUCCAUUUUUGAAUAGUUUUCUUGGAAUGGGUUCGACUUUUUUGAUAUUUUCUGGAUUUAUGGUUCUGGCUAGUUUGCAUAUUGUAUUUCUUGUACCAGAGACAAAAGGUAAGAGUUUGAUGGAAAUUCAGCAGAAAAUGUGUGGCAAAGUAAGAAGAUGA